UUUAUUAAAUUCGAAUCUAAACUACACAGAUCAUAUUGCAACAUAGCUUUGCAAUCUCUUAGAUGUUCUUCGAUCACCGUGUGAUAUCUGCCGUCUGAUAUUCUAGUAACCAUGGAAGUGCCCAAUGUAGCGAUAACUACAUCACUUCUGAUUACUGACUACAUUAAUUUUCACCUGAAGAAAAAUGGAUUUAAACCCACAACUGAACCACUGUGGCCAUUGCUGCAUUGUGGAGAGUGCAGUUCGAAGCUUGACGUUAACAUAAUAACAAGCUGUCCAAGGUGUAAGAAAAUGAAAUAUUGGGAAGAAAAAGACACCACUGAAGAUUGUGGGUUGGUCAAUGAAUCGAAACACUUACGACAAAUGUGCGAAGAAUUUAUAGAGAGAUACGACUCUGCUGAACCUGGGGUUGAUCUUCAAAGUGAUGUCAAUCGCGUUAACAGAGAAGACAGUGAGUUAAGCAUGGCUGUGUACUGGGACAUUUUAGAUAAUGUUAUUGAAAAGGGAUCGGAAAUAAACUGGUUCCGGAUUGUGGCAAUAGUUGCGUUUGCAGGGGGUCUUGCAGCGCACUGCGUUCGGAUAAAUCGACCUAACAGCGUAGCGUUUAUUCGGGAGUGGACCUGUGCCUAUUUCAAUAUGAAAAUUGACGAUUGGAUAAAAGAGAACAAUGGCUGGGUAGGACUUGUGGACUACCACGACAACAGAGCCGACAGAAAUGUUUCCAGAGAUGCAUUCAAAGCUAUAGCAGCAAUGUUUGCAUAUGGAAUUGGAGCGAUAGUUUUCAAGAACAUCUUCUUUACAAAUUAGACAGUUUAUAGUUGAGCCACAGUAUAAAAUGGUGUGAAUGGUAAGGAAUCACGAAACCAUAACUGAGAACAUUAAAUUUGGCAUUAAAUCAUACAAACAACUAUGUCAUUUACACAACAAGUGAAAUAAACAUUUUAGAAGCACAAAUGAAAUUAGGCAAUUGAUUAGUUAAAGCAAAUCCUUUAAAUGGAAACGUUUGUAUUAACUAUGUGCUUCAUAUUUAUAGUCACCACUUGCCUUUGUUAACUAUGAGUUCAUAUGUUAAUGAUGUUAUGAAUUAAACAUUUAUUCAUUGGUUCAAAGACUGUACUAUUUUUAGGUUAGGAGAAAUGUGAAAAUAUGUAUGUAAAUAUUAUACAUUUUGGAUUUUGCUAUCAAUGCUUAUUAUUGUUAAUAUUCGGAUAAAGUAAAACUUAUGCUAAUAAACAAUGUUUGCAAUGCUUAAAGUACUUCCCGCAAUUAAGCAUCACUUGCCGAAAUUUCGGAUCAAGGUGGUAAUUUAGACAAAUGGAUUAGUUACAUGGUUAAUGAACACAAGUCGCAGAAAGAAUGUAUAUACUGGGAGUUUAGUAGUUGUCAUAUUUUUCAAGUUGUCCGAUAUCUUGUAAAUCGCUAUCAGUAUGAUGAAAACCGCUGUGGUCGUGAAGAAUGUCGCAGUCCAAUAUGUUGCUUUAUUUGCCCAAGUAGCUUCGCUUCCGACCUCGCCUGAAUGAUUAACGGUCCAGCAUAA